AACACAAAUCUAAUUAGGGCAACCGAUGCAAGUUCUCUCUCUCACUUCCCCGACAUCCCUUUCUCUCCCACUCUCAAUCUCCUAAACCCACUUUUCUCUCCGAUCUCUUCCAAGCAGUGGCGAUAGCUCCUCCGGCUCCCUCUGCAGCAGCCUGACCCACCAAGGCGGCGGGUCCUCCACGAUAUGGCCGAUGACAGUUUCGGCGGCGCCUCACUUCUAUCAGGUCCCGACGGCCAGAAGCGCCGAGUGACCUACUUCUACGAGCCCAUAAUCGGCGAUUACUACUACGGCCAAGGCCAUCCGAUGAAGCCCCACCGUAUCCGCAUGGCCCACAAUCUCAUCGUUCAUUACGGCCUCCAUCGCCGGAUGGAGAUCAACCGGCCCUACCCUGCCGCUACGGAGGAUAUCCGGAGAUUCCACUCCGAUGACUACGUCGAUUUCCUCGCCUCCGUAUCCCCCGAAACGCUCUCCGAUCACUCCUUCUCUCGCCAUCUCAAGCGCUUUAAUGUUGGCGAGGACUGCCCUGUUUUUGAUGGCUUAUUCGGCUUCUGCCAGGCGUCUGCUGGAGGCUCCAUUGGUGCUGCCGUCAAGCUCAAUCGCGGCGAUGCUGAUAUUGCUAUUAAUUGGGCUGGUGGUCUUCAUCAUGCUAAGAAGUCUGAGGCCUCUGGUUUCUGUUAUGUCAAUGAUAUUGUCUUGGGUAUUCUUGAGCUGCUGAAGUAUCACAGGCGUGUAUUAUACAUUGACAUUGACGUCCAUCAUGGUGAUGGGGUGGAAGAGGCAUUUUACACCACUGACAGAGUAAUGACGGUCUCCUUUCAUAAAUUUGGGGAUUUCUUUCCAGGGACUGGGCACAUUAAGGAUGUUGGAGUAGGGACUGGUAAAAAUUAUGCCCUUAAUGUCCCCUUAAAUGAUGGAAUGGAUGAUGACAGUUUUCGUGGUCUGUUUAGGCCUCUCAUUCAAAAAGUUAUGGAGGUGUAUCAGCCAGAAGCGGUAGUACUCCAAUGUGGAGCCGAUUCCUUAUCUGGGGAUAGGUUGGGAUGCUUCAACUUAUCUGUAAAGGGCCAUGCGGAUUGCCUUCGUUUCUUGAGAUCGUUUAACGUUCCUUUAAUGGUAUUGGGUGGAGGAGGAUAUACAAUCCGCAAUGUCGCCCGCUGUUGGUGUUAUGAGACAGCAGUUGCUGUGGGAGUUGAACCGGACAACAAAUUGCCUUACAAUGAGUAUUUCGAGUAUUUCGGACCUGAUUAUACACUUCACAUAGAACCAUCCAACAUGGAGAAUCUUAACUCACCUAAAGAUAUGGAAAAGAUAAGGAACACCCUGGUGGAGCAACUCUCUAGACUCCCACAUGCACCAAGUGUUCCUUUCCAGAUGACUCCCUCAUCAGAAGUUCCAGAAGAGGUGGAAGAGGACAUUGAACGGAGACCGAAACGCCGCAUUUGGAAUGGUGAAGAUUAUGAUUCUGAUUCCGAAGAAAAUAGAAAGCGACCUAACAUCAGUGAUGGAUCUGGUGUAAACGAUCUAACGAGGGACGUAGUAGACGGUAUGGAUGAAGAUAAAAACAUGGACCAUCAACCUUGUUGACACAUCAAAACUGUGCGUCGAGUACACAGCGUUGAAGUCUAACCAAUUUCGAUGAGGCAAGACACCUUAGAUCAAGCCUUAGUUUUCGAAGACUGGGUUUCAUCUUUUGAGUAUGCAUUGGAGCAUACUGAUCGAUCUUCUGUAACAAGGCUAUUUUAUCAACAUGAAAAGGUAAACAAUUAUACACAAAGGAAUACACUGAUCAGGAAUCGACUUCAUUUACGUUAGCGACCUGUGCAUCGAUAUUUCAAUGGAGCCCCAUAGAUUCGUUUAACAUACUUUUCUUAAAAGUAUGCGAAAAUCACAUCACGUUACAUUUUUAACUACCACCCUUAAAUGUGUGGUUGCUAAGUUUGAUGCAACAAAGUAGUAAGAGUCCAAUAAGUUUUCCCUUUUCUUUCUACCUUUUUCAAGAAAUAUUUUGAACAUUGUAAGCUCACACAGUAGAAGUAUGGCCAUUUGCUGGUCCUUGCAAAGCCAAUGGAUUGCAUUUGUUGCUCAAGAAACUCGUGAUUCUGUCCUCAA